UUGUGUGUGCAUUCAUGGCGUCGCUGUGCGUGCUCCUUGUGUUUGGGGGUUUGGGCAGUGGCUUUCGGGUAAUAUUUCCGCGGUGAUUCGGCAUUCACGACGAAAAAGAGAAAAAAAGAGUGUACAAAAAUAAAAAGUGAAGGUUUUGACGUAGUUUACAUCGUGUACGCGGGUUAUAGUUUAGCCGUUCGAUUUCACAUGGGAAUUACAUCUCAUCAGUGACAACAAAAAGAAUCUUAAUUCCGUCAUUAGUUCGGGUCCCGUGAAUCUUGUGUAGUUAUAAUUUUUUGUUCCAUUCAAGGAACAACAGUGUAAGGAUAACAUUUAUCUCCGUUUAUCAUGGGAAACGUACACACUUGCGGUCCAAAUGAGGCUCUUGUUGUAUCAGGAGGAUGCUGUGGCUCCAUGAGGAAACGAACGAUAGUGGGAGGCUACGCCUUCUGCUGGUGGUUCGUCACGGACGUUCAGCGUCUCUCCCUCGAGGUAAUGACCCUGAAUCCCGUGUGUGAGAGUGUGGAAACUGCUCAGGGUGUACCCCUGACCGUAACUGGCGUUGCCCAGUGUAAAAUCAUGAAGGCAGAUGAGCUUCUGCACACCGCCAGCGAACAGUUUCUCGGGAAAAGUGUUCAUGAGAUCAAGUCCACUAUCCUAUCGACACUAGAGGGACAUCUUCGUGCUAUUCUCGGUACACUUUCGGUGGAGGAAGUCUACAAAGAUCGCGACCAAUUUGCGACCCUCGUCCGAGAAGUGGCGGCUCCAGAUGUAGGACGAAUGGGGAUUGAAAUUCUCUCGUUCACCAUUAAAGACGUUUACGAUAAUGUCCAGUACCUUGCGUCCUUAGGAAAGGCACAAACGGCAGCGGUGAAGAGAGACGCAGACGUGGGGGUGGCUGAGGCCAAUCGGGACGCGGGCAUCAGGGAAGCCGAGUGUGAAAAAUCAGCGAUGGACAUAAAAUACAACACGGAUACAAAAAUCGAGGAUAAUGCGCGACUGUAUCAGUUGCAAAAGGCUAAUUUCGAUCAAGAAGUCAACACGGCCAAAGCCGAGGCACAAUUGGCUUACGAACUUCAGGCUGCCAAGAUCAAGCAGAAAAUCAGGAAUGAGGAGAUUCAGAUCGAGGUUGUAGAGAGGCGCAAGCAGAUUGAAGUUGAAGAGCAGGAAGUACGUAGAAAGGAGCACGAAUUGAGAAGUACUGUCCGUUUACCUGCUGAGGCUGAGUACUACAAGAUGGGUAGAAUUGCGGAGGGAAAGAGAACGCAAACCGUAGAAAGUGCAAAAGCAGAUGCAGAAAAAAUUCGACUCCUGGGUGAUGCUGAGGCCCAGAGCCUCGAAAUGGUUGGGGUGGCCGAGGCGGAGAGAAUGCGCCUUAAAGCCGGGGUUUACAAGAAGUAUAACGAUGCUGCAAUACUUAAUAUUGUUCUCAACGCCAUGCCGAAGAUCGCUGCCGAAGUCGCUGCACCACUUGCCAGGACAGAUGAGAUUGUCUUGUUGGGUGGUAACGAUGGAACUAGCGGUGAAUUGACACGUCUCGUUGGCCAAGUUCCACCUGCCGUUCAAGCACUCACUGGUGUUGAUCUUUCCAAAGUUUUAGCUAAAAUACCUGGAGCCAAGUAAUUCACAAUGCGAUUCAUCAACGAGCGUUAACGAUCCAUCCAAUGAAUUCUACCCCACGUAUCCCCCGCCCCCAGAGUACCCACUAUAGCUGUGACGAGAGGAUAUUUGAUCAUAACUGCCACCGAAUUUCCCUCAACUAACUCUGAUUCCACGUGAAACUGAAAAUAAUUCCUCACCACAAAACUUUCGUCUCUCUCCACCCCGAAUUUUUCUACCUCAAUAUUUCUGGUAAAUAGUUUAAAUGCCGAGCAUUAGAGUUGAACAGUUACUUGAAUCGAGUUUUAUUCCUCCGGGCAGAAUUAACGUCGGGAAAUGACCGCGCACAUAUUCAUCACGAUGGUCCGGUCUCGGGGACGCAUAUUAUCAUUCCGUUCGUUGGCACAAGUGAAUAAAAAUAAUGAUUUUCGUUGAGAAAUGAUGAAAUGAACAGCUAUUUUACAUUUUUUUAAACUUUUUUCUGUGACAUUUCCUCACAUUUUUGGAAAUAAAUUCUAUUGAAUUCCUAUUGGAAUUUUAUUAAAAAAAUAUUUUUCGGAGAUAACUUCAGAAUGAAGAGAUGAAAAUCACCGAAUGAUUUCUACAAUGAAUUAUUAUUCUUCCAUAAUUGCUGAUUUCGUCUGGAGAAAAUUCUCAGCAUUGUCCUCCGAAAACCACCCCCGAAACCGUCAAUUGACGUUUACGUGGGAAUUUCAAUAUUAAAUAUAAAAAUAGAAUGAGAAAUAUUGGAUACAUAUUGUUUAUACGAGUCAAAUAUUUUUCAUCAAAUUUUUAUAUUCCAUCAGUUAAAUAAAAAUCGUGGACUAACUUAAUUAUUAAAUUAAUUAUUAAAAUUAAUGUUUCAUCAUUUUACAACUGAAUAAUCCAACGCAUUUUAUCUUCUUUACAUUAUACAACUGCAAUACGCGCAAUAGCCUUGCAAUUAGCUAGUCCAGCGGUUAGAGUUACCUUUGAAAAAUCAGAGUCGAAGCAUCAAAAAGAAAAAAAAAUUAAUUGUGAUCCAGUACGUCUUUUCGACCAUUGUGUUCAACAUGUGUAGGUAAUUUAAACGAAAAUUGAUAAACGCGAUUAUUCAGGACGAUCAUCUGGUUGACUAAGGAAUGAAAGGACAGAGUAAAACAGCUGUGAAGAUCCGUGUACAUAAUAGCUGGAGUCAAAAUGUACAUACACUAAUUAGAUGACCCUGUAACUUCAAUCAGUGAAAUUGAUAACUAUUCUCAAACACCACCCAAUGUAGUGUCAGUGCGUCGAAUAUAUUUUUGGUGUAGAAAAUGAUAAAAUGAUAAAAAGUGUAUGGAUAAUAAUGACAAAACGACGCAUCUGAGUACAAAGAUAAUCAAUUGAUAAAUUUUAAUCAGAAUAGAUUUGAAGUUAUCCAUCGUCUUCCUCCUAGAGUCUCAUGCCAUUAAAAUUACGGGGAUGAAAAAAUUUACGUGAAAAACCUAGUAAUUAUUAAUUUUUUAAAAAUUCGAUUAAAAUAUUCUAAUUGUUUUUCACAAGGAAAUCCAAGAUGUCUCUUUCUAAUCUUUUAUUAUUUUUAAAUAUAAUUAUUUGAGUGAAUUAAAGUUAACGAAAAAUAUCCACUGGAGUUUCAGCAGAACUUCAGAAGAAAUUGAGUAGAUUUUUUAUUAAAUUUUUUCAUGCGCGUCCAGUCAACUUCAAUCAAAGAUUAUAAAAACUAAGUAUGUGAAUUCUCCUCUACAUUUGAUGUUGACUAAAUAAACUGUAUAAUGGAUGAAGAAUAGAAACCAUCAUGGGAAUUACUCGUCAGGUGAUCGUUUACCUUCGCGAUAUGAUUGCAAUUAUUAUAAGCUAAUUUUUUUAACCAGGCUAUUGUUGAUUAACCCCUUGAUUAAUAACAAUCAAGAGGCCUAUUUACGAGUAAUAAUUUUGGUAGUAAAUGAAAAUGUGUUCGAAUUUUACUCGUUCAAAUGCUUCUAGCAAAUUGUGUGUCUUUGUGCAAAAUACCUACUUGUCAAUAUUUUCUAUUGUCUACCAGAAUACUAUUAUUCAAAUUUGUUUCGAUUCGUCAAUGAAUUUUGUACUGUCUCACUUCUCCAGCAGGGGAGACAGUCUGAGUGAAACACGUGUGCAAAAAUCCAACUGCUUAUCUAACUCCACGAACGAGAUUUCUAGCAUCGAUUGAUAUUAUUCUGUAUUUUGUUUUAUUCGGAAGAAAAUUCUAAAGGAGUGCUCAAUUGAUUUGCUUUAAAUCAGGUUCAUAACGUAAAAAAAAUAUGGGGAAAUAAAUAUUCAGCAUUUUUGUCGAAAGUA